CGUAGAUUUUGGCGAAAGACGAGCUCUCAAAAAUGGACGGCUAUCGUCCAGCAUCACCACGAGUGGAAGAACUUUGUCGGAUCGAAACAUUUCAGCAAGGUUUCAACUCGAAAGAUUUCUUGGCUGGAUUAUCAGAAAAGUUGAUCGCCAGAUCCAAAGCGGAUCCUGGACCCUUCAAUCCUAGACCUUUCAUACGAACAUUUGAGUCAAGUGUGGAUUCGUUGCUCUCUCUACGUUCUCAGCUGACGACGCAGAUUACAUCUCUAUCGUCAAGCGUUCGAGUAUCAGAAUCAGCAUAUACCUCAAAACUUCACGAUCUAUCUUCUCAUUUUGCCAGCGCAUCUGCCUCCUUUGGAUCGUUGGAAAAUCGAUUCUCAGAAGUAGGAAGAACAGCGAUGCAUAUCGGUGAUCAAUUGCAGACGAUUGACCGAAUGCGAACGAGAGCCGCAGAGGCGCAUGAUUUGAUCGAAUACUACUAUCAAUUCGCCAGAGGUGAUACCAGCAGACUGGAACGACUUCGUAAAGAAGGAGGUCGUGAAGGAAGAUUACGAACUGCAGUGAUUGCUAGACGAUUGGGUGCGAUUGCUCGUGAGGUGGAUAUUCCUGGUGCAGCACAAACUCGUGAUACGAUUGACAAAUUUGCCGAACGAUUCGAGAGAGAUAUGCUGAAGCUAUUUGAUCGCUUCUAUCGCAAGUCUGAUCCGAAAAUGAUGUCCCAUAUCGCCAAAGUCUUGCAAAGUUUCAAUGGAGGAGUGUCGUGCGUACAGAUCUAUGUAAACCAACACGACUUCUUCAUUUCCAAGGAUCGUGUCAUGCAAAGGCGAGAUCUGGAACAGAGUGCAAUGUGGAGCACUAUUGCUGAUCCCGAUGCCCUGCCUCCGAAGAGUGAGCCCUCAUUGCAAGCAUUGUUUGGCGAAAUCCGAUCAACGGUUGAGGUGGAAGCGCAAAUUAUAUCAGCAGUAUUCCCAUCUCCUCUUGGCGUAAUGACUUCAUUCUUACAACGAGUCUUUGCGCAAAGUGUGCAAGGAUAUGUGGAAGUAUUGAUGGAAAAGGCGACUGAAGUAGGAUCGGCAGCAGCGGCAGGCGGAACGAAUGGAUCAGGAGAAGGACAUUUGGCCUUCUUACGUACAUUGCAAAUGGCACGCAGUAUGAGCUUGAACUUGGUCAAUGACUUAAAGGUAUACGAUUUCCGUGGUGCAGGCAUUAUCACCUCAGGCAAGAAUGAUUCGCUUGGACCUGACGGUAGACACAUGAAUGGAGAUGGAAGUGUGCUCGGAUCAGGUGCAAAUGCUGGUGUGAAUGGCAGUGGCUCAGGUGGUGGUGCUUCGGCAGGCGGAAGCUCUCUGGGUAUUGUACUAGAUCAAGCCGUGGAGGAAUUGUUUGUGCCGUACAUGGAUGGAUUAAAGUACCUCGAACGGGAAUCACGCUCACUCACAGAGCUUUAUGCUACUUUCUUGCUUCAUUUCUCGAAUUAUCAUCGUGGAGCGUUUGGCUUUGGCAAAUUGUCCAAUUUGGUAGAUCGUGCGAGGGUGGCAGCAGGUGGUACAGCAUCAAGUUCAUCUGUGGCUCCUUCAGAUGCAUCUACUCUUGUCGAAGGAAGGACGUCCAAUGAUGAUUCAUUGACGGCCAUGAGUGGAGGUGCAUCGAGUAUCGAGCAACAUGAUGGAGCUUUAAGUUUGGACGUAGCAGAAAGGAUGUUGAGAUGGCAUGCAGAAGCAAUCGGACGAUGCGUAGAUUUGAGUUCCUCUUCCGAUAUGGUGAAAAAUGCAUUUGCUUUGCUCAAAGUUCUAGCGGAAGCAUACGUGAAGUCGUAUACGGAAUGUGCAAUCGAUUCCGCACUUACCCACGCAUCUGCCCAAGAUCCACGCGCAUCUGUCUUGCCAGAUCUUCGUGAUCUGAUGGUCGUACGACAGGCCGAAUUGGUGAUGCAAUUAUGGCAGCAUUACGUGAAUACAGCCCUUUUGCCUUUGGCAACUUCAAGUGUAACGAUUCGAAGAGAGAUGUCGAUCUACAACAAUCACUUGCUCUUACGUGUUGAGAGAAAGUGCGAUAGCAUCGUACAAAAGGUGACGGAUAAUAUUGUUGGAUACUUGUCCGGUCGUUUAUCAACACAAAAGAAGAAUGAUUUCACCCCAAAGAAUGACGAAUUGGCCUUUUCGCGUAUCAAUACAGAUCCUUGUCUAGCGAUCGUGGAUGCAUUGGAAAAGGUGGAUUAUGGAGCAAAGAAUUAUUUGGGACCUGGAAAGAAUUGUGAAGCGUUCCUGACAGAGAUUGGAGUUGCUUUCCAUGGAUUGUUGCUGGAUCAUCUACGAAAAUACGUCAUCUCAGGAAGCGGUGGUAUCAUUCUAACGAAAGAUUUGGCGAUGUAUCAAGAUUCGAUCAAUGCAUUCGGUGUUAGUGCAUUAGCUGAUCGAUUUGAAAUGCUGCGUCAAUUGGGCAAUCUUUUCAUCGUUCAACCUGGUGUAUUGAAAUCGUACAUGCGAGAAUCACAUCUAUCAAAAGUGGAAGAGCGAUAUCUACGACCAUAUCUACUCAAGAGAGCGGAUUAUGCUACGCAUGUUCGUGAUUUGAGCGAUUUCGAUGAUCGCUCGACAGGACCAGCUGGUAAUACGGGACAAAGCGGAGAAAGUUCAUCAUUUAACAAGAUUAAUGUUGGAAUUGGAGAAAUGGAGUAA